CUUUUAUCGCGAGUGUUGAGUGGAAAUGUUCGUAAAAUUGGCUUUCACCUUCUUGACUGUUUUUCUUCUUCAUGGCAGCGAUUCACAGUCAACCAACACUACCAACAGUACAAAUGGCGAACCUGAAAAAACGGUACAAAUACCUCGAUCACUCAUCGAAGAAAUGUUGAAAAAAGAAGACGACGUCGAAGGUAUAAAAGAACUUCUACGUUUACUAUCGACAUCAAAUACCACCGCAGUGACUCUGAAUUCCACUGCAGGAACGACCCUGGAACCAAGCACAAGCAGCACAACCACACCGGACUCGGUUAUUUUCCCUAUACGAAGACUGGUCACAGGAAUAAAGAAAAUACUCUUCAAUUUGACGAAACGAAUCAAAGAGGCUAAAGUCUUGGACGCCAAUGGUACAUUGAACACAAAAAUGAAGUAUAGAUCGAGAAAAGUGGCGAAACUCGUAUACAUUCUGCAAGGACUUAAGGGUGAUUUGGAUCUAGUGGUGACCGCCGGUCGUGAUAUGAAAACCAUUUGGGUUUCGAUGAAAGAAUUUUUAAAAGAAGAUAUCGAAUAUUAGCUUUUUAAGUUGUGAUCAAACUUGUAUGUACUAUCAGUUGACAAAAUAUACAUAUGUAUUACAGAAAUUUUCUGAUAAGAAAGCGAUUUUAAUACGAAAAAGCAUUAAGUUUGUAGGUAGGUAUAAGAAAAAACUGUCUCGAUUAAAUUUUUUUACUCUUCGA